AUGGAUGUCUCAUACAUGCACAGCGUGGCAGCGGCGCCGCAGAACUAUCAACACCGAGCCGCCGGACCAAGUCAGUUGGCAAAGGCCAUCCGCCCUACUAUCGUCGAUGCGGACUGUCACAAUUCAGAAAUCGCGACGGCAUUUACAGCCUCGGACUUCUUCUCUUGCAUUGAUUCCUGCCCAGAAAGGGAACGUCGUACCUUUUUCCUGCUGAUGACGAAAGAGCUCUUUGGUAUCCGGGAUAUCAUCAAAUAUGGUCUCAUCUUCCUAGGAUAUCCCGUGAGCUCCACACUUUACAACAGCGCCAUGAAUCUUCCGAUGAACCAAUGGCUUCAAGACAUUCAGAAAAGUCUAGGCAGCUUUGAUCUCAGAGCCGCAACAAAAGCCGGUAUUAGUGUUUUAGGAAGAUUGAACAUACCGUCGGGACAUAAUUCCAGGAUUCAAGAGAUAGUGACAUCCCCAUUAAAUCACUUCCAGCCCAAAGAUUACAUUCUUCUCUGUCGAGUUUCGUUUGUGUCGGCUGUUUCCAUGAAUGCACGACAUCUGGGGAUUCAAUGGCAGGACCUCAUAUCUUUUGAUUCCAAAUCGCCAUUUCCAUGCUUAAGAGAGAAGUUCAUACAACAAGAACUAUUGGAUGACGGCGAAGAAACUACCGAGCAGGCAGUGCAAAAGCGUCUGAUACUCAAAGAUUACUUUAAGAACAUACAUUCAGACCUUGUGCCUACACAGGCACAGCUAACCAUGGCUCAUCACCCGACACUGGAUCUCAUCCCAUGGCCGAAGUUUCGUUCCAAAGCCAUCACUGCAGUACACUCGGCCCCCCCAUUGAUUGAUAGAGAGGAUUUCUGUCUUGACUUACUCAACGACGGUCUUCGAUGCUGGGGCUUUGCAAACGGGACCUCUUUGCCCUCUGCGGCGCCAUGGGACGCUCAGAACUGGGAAGCAGCGCCGUGGUUUCUGGAGAAGUGGGAGCAUCUCACUGAGGGGAGAGACGGGGAUGAAUGGAAGAUAAGUGCACGGUGGUGGUCUAUGGGUGCUAGGUCAAGUGUAUUAUAA